GAUUAAAUCGACAAGCUGCAUGUAAAAAAUAGCAACAAAAAAAGUUGCAGAGAAGUUAUUUGACAUAUGGCGCAAAAGCGGUGGAUAGAAUGCUCCCUUACAAGCGCCACGAUAUGAGCUCACCUGUGCUACAGUGAUUGUGAUAAGAGUUGAUAAGAAUUUCCCUCGUGGUCAUCGAUCGACGCUACCUUUUGUGCUACCGAAAAGACGCUUCGGUAUUUAGUUUCUUUUCUACGGGACAACCGUAAGCUCAACGCCAUAAGAAAGGAGGAAAAGCGAUGGCUAACUUCAAGCCGAUUGAUCUGUCGAAGGAGGACUUCCGCAAGUACCUCGACCGCCAGGGCGUGCUGGACGCAAUAACGAAGGUGUUGGUCAAAUGCAACACUGACCGGCCGGAAAAUGCCCUUGGCUAUGUGUUGGAAAAUUUGAACGAAACGCACGGCAGCUUGAAGGCGCAACUGUUCGAAGCACACCAGGAGAUCGAACGGCUGAAGAUGGAGCUGAGCGCGCUUAAAGUGAAUGGCGAACCGGGCACAGACCCUGCCACACUUUCGGCGUCAGGCGUGAAGGAAGAGGUGAAAGAAAUCGAUAACGCUGCACCGCUGAGCAAUGGUGCUGUGGAGGUAAAGCAAGAGGAGGACGAGGAUGUUGGGGAGGUGGCCUGUGCGAUUAGCGUGAAGCAGGAGAAGGAUGAGGUCACACCGUCCACUUCGGGUGUGCGUACUGGCGACGAAGGAAAAUCGAAGGAGGUUGAUGCUGGAGUAGCAGCAGCAGCAGCAGCAGCAGCAGUAGUAGCAACCCCAUCAACAACACCCGGUAAGGAUGAAGCGGCAGAACCGGUGGCCAUCGCUGCGACAUCGCCAGCGACCGAAGUACCGGACGCAAAGGAAACAAACACUGGCGGCGAAAGCAAGUAAGCGUCGGCAGCCAGACAAACCAUUCCUAUAGGAUUAAUCGUAUCGGUAGUGUCUUUCGAAUCGGGAAUUCGAAUAUUAGAACGUAGGCCACAAACAAAUGGUGGAUAAAAAGGAACAGUGCAGGAACAUAGUAGUAUGUGCGAUCUCUGCCGCAACCCGUCCAUUAUCUAAAAUGACAAAGAAAAGCGCGAACAAAAUCGGAAGGAGGCUUCAGUACAAUUGCAAGCGGGAAACCCGGUCAGACAUGCCGGUGGUAUACUACCAGAGGGCAUGUUGAAAUUCCCGGCGUAUUUAAGUGCAUCUGCGUUCAUAUUCAUCGUUAUCAUCGCUUCAUCCAUCCCGUGGUGUCUACGCUAGAUCUCACCCUCUUAGCGGUCUUAGUCCAAUCGUCAUAGCCAAUUAGAACACGUGAUCGAAGAUCGGAGGGUCUCCUCGAUACCUUGAAGGGAGGACAAAAUAUCAUUCCAGCCAUCACAGAUACAAACAAAGCGUAUAUAGAAUAAAACGCGAUAAUAAAGCGGUACGAUAAUGUAUCCUCGGAAA